AUGGCCAACAACACCAACGAUCUAGGCGCCCGUCUAGCUUCGGUCCUCCCCAAAGACCACAGAUUUACAACCUUGCACAUCUCAACACCUCCCACGAAAACAGACCCUCUCUACUCCCCGCCUCCAAACGAGCGUCCCGAAAGAACGUACUGCGAAAACCAUUUCCUAGCUGUUUCCAUCGACACCCCCAAUGAACCCGGCAAACAAGUCCUAGUCCUUGGAAUUGAGGUUUUUAUAUAUACUACAGCUCGGUCAACUACCUUGUUCGUUUCAAAAGCCGACUCGACGGGUUAUCUCGCCCUUCUCAACCUUCCCAAGGGAACACCUAGUCCUAUUCGCGAAAUAUGCGCUACCUUUGUUGGAUUCCUGGUCGAGAAGCGGAGGAGGAAGGGUAUACAAUUCGUCGUUAACUUGUUCGCCCGCGCUCAAGAUCAAUACUUGUUCCCUGGCAGUGUCGACAACAAGGGUAAACAUGUCCUCGACGAUCGUGGCCUUAUCAAAUGGUGGUGUCGCGUGCUAGAUCCCCUCCUCGGCCCAGCACCUAAAUCUACAGAAGCACCAUGGAAGAGCGCCAAUGGAUACAUCGUCGUUCCCGGAUUAGAAACACACGAGACCCGAGCCCUCACACCGCGAAAACCCGAAUCUGCAUGGGAAUUUACGCAUCCGUUGGAACGCAUAUCACAUUACUACCGCGAAUUCGACUGGGUACCCCCGCGAUGUCUGAUCCCCCAUUUCCCCGACGAUCCCAAGUCCAGAUUCCGAGACGAACUAGACGAAGAAGCCGCCAGCUCGCAAGCCAUGAAGAAUCAGGGUAGUUGGAAGAGCGUCAAGACACUCGACAUGUUCUGGGAGAUGAUGGCGUAUCGACAAGAGUGUUCAAGUGGUCGUAUGACGGGCUUCAUCUGGCUUGUCUUUGAUGAUCAAGAACCAGCCUCAAAACUCGACGAUUCCCAAUCAACAGCUCCGCCAGAAACACCAAAGAAGCAGCGCAUCGUGCAAAUAACACCCACCACAACGCCCCGAAAACUCUUCCCUUCCAAAGAAAAGAAAGACUCCAGGAUUAAAAAGAAAAAGACCAAAAAGACUCUCAAGGGUCCCAUCAUCGCUCGUGCCCCGCGCAUCAAACGAGCAAAGCACAAUUAUCUACUCGAUCGCCCCGCCAACACAAAGUAUUACUCCUGGACGCCUCAAGGUCGUGGUGAAAAGAUUUUCGACGAAGCAUCCUACAAGCGCAUUGUAGAUUUGCUACUACACCUUGAUUUCGCAACGCUCAAUAAAGCGGUGGGUAGUACUCGUCGCUGGUUGAGUGAGGGCGGAGGAGGUGGGAAAUGGGGUGUUGUCGUUGUUGGUACACGCGAGACACCUGUUCCUGUCUCCAAUGGCAAUACAGGGGUGAACAAUUUGACUGGUCUUGUCAAGAGGAAGCGUACCGAUUCAACUAUUGACGAUAACCAGAGCAAGGUUAAUGUCCUGAGUGCUGGUCUCGUCAAGAAGAAGCCAAAGGAAGAGGUGAAUGUUCUCUCCACGGGUCUUAUUAGAAAGAAGCCCAAGGAAGAAAGUUCUGUAUAA